CGGGAUUCUAUCUUGGAAAUGAAGAUCGAUGGAAGGGAUGCCACAGCAGAUGAAUGCUUAAACCACAGUCUACAGCUGAAACGGGGGUCUGUCAGGAUCCCGUCUCGCUGACCUGCAGGAGUCGAGCCGGAGAUUAUAUAGAGAGAGAGGGGGGUGAGAGGCGGCCGUGCGGAAUGAAGUCUCCGACCGAGGUCGUGCAGCCGAACGACCACGAACAGGAGUCGGUGGAAGAAGGCUGCUCUCCGCAGCAAUGCCAGAAACACCAGCAGCCGCUGAAACUUUACUGCAGAACCAACAAGGAACUCCUCUGUGUGGUUUGUCAGGGUUCAAAGGAGCACAAAAACCAUGACGUGGUGACUGUUGAGAAAGCCGUCAAGGAGUUUAAGGAACUGCUGCAAAUGUUACUGAGACCCCUUCAAAACAGGAUGAAUGAAUGCAAAACCUCAAAAAGGAGCUAUGAGAAAGCAUUAACCACUAUUCAAGAGAGAACUGAUGUGGCAGAGAAGCAAAUUAAGAAAACAUUUGACAAACUUCACCAAUUUCUUUGUAAGGAGGAGAAAAAGGCUCUGCAAAAAUUGAAACAAGAUAAGAAGAAAAAAUGUCAGGCAACGAAGGGAAAAAUUGAGAAGAUAAAUGAAGAAAUUGCGUCGCUUUCGGCUAAUAUUCAGGAACUUGAGCAGAAGCUGAGUGAAAUGGAUGGGGUCAAUUUUCUAAGGGAAUUUCCGGAAACAGAGAAAAACUACAGGGCAAAAAGAGCUGUUACUGAUACCAUCAAGGCUUGUCCUGUGGUGAAUGUAGGGAAUUGCGUUGUAUCUCUCCAGUACAGAGUCUGGAAGAAGAUGUUGACCGUGAUCAAUACAGCUCCUGUGGUCUUGGACCCUUGCACAGCUCACCCUUAUCUUCUACUCUCUGAGGGGUUCAGCAGUGUGAGUCAUACCAUGCAAAGGCAACAACCGCUCUGUGACUGCCCAGAGAGAUUCAAUCCGUGCCUCUCCGUUCUGGGCCGCGAGGGCUUCACGUCGGGGAAGCACCACUGGGAAGUGGUGGUGGGUGAAAAGACGGAAUGGGAUGUGGGUCUGGUCACAGAAUCCAUCAACAGGAAAGAGGUCACUGAUCUGAAUCCAAGCAACAGAUGUUGGAUAAUAGCACUGAGGGAUGGAACCCAGUACCGAGCUGCUACAAAAACAUGGAAACACUUAGAUCUGCCAGAGAAACCAAAGAAGAUUCAAGUCUGUCUGGAUUAUGAGGGAGGGAAGAUUUCCUUUUACAAUGCAGAUAACAAGACCCUUAUCUUCACUUUCACCGACCGGUUCACCAAGAGGCUCUAUCCCUACUUUAGUCCGGGUCGUAAUUAUGGCGGAAAGAAUGCUGAGCCGCUGAAAAUCUGUCCUCGAAAAGUAACAAUUCAAGAAGAAUAGGUUUUGGUUUUGAUCGAUGGUGGAAAUCCGAAAUAAAAACAAUAUAUAAUUGGAUUUAAUCAGCACCUGUAGAGUUGGUGCUUGGCACUUUACAAGUGUUAAACCUUGAAUUUGACAGUUUUACCACUGGAUUACUGCUGCUAUUCUUGAGUGGGAACUGAAGGUGAAUGUGCUACGAGUCACCAAGGUUGGAGAGAUGGCUGUUGGGAAUUCCAGACAUCUUUUGCUUCAUUGCCACUCCCUUGCCCAUUCCUUCCUUUUGUUAUUUAAUCUCACCUGCCGUCCAGCCUACAGCUCAUUCCUUCUCCCCCUUUCCCUCUGGCUCCAUACUGCUUUGAACUGUUGCAUCAGCAACACGAUGUAGGAUCAUCGGUAAAAUAUUCAUGCUAUCUCUCUCUGAUUAUUUUUCAUGUGAAAUAUAGAUAACACAAUGAAAAUGAUAAUAAAUCAAAUGCUGGAAACCUGAAACAAAAACCAAAAAUAUAAUUCCUAAUUCUGCCACCUCCCCCACCUACCUAUCUGCCUCUUCUCACCUGGCCUCACCUAUCACCCGCCAGCUCGUGCUCCUCCCCAUCCUCCCACCCUUUUAUUCUGCCUUCUGCCCUCUUUCUUUCCGGUCCUGAUGAAGGGUCUCGGCCCAAAACGUCAACUGUUCAUUUCCCUCCAAAGGUGACGCCUGACCCACUGAGUUCAUCCAGCACUUUUUUGUGCAUUGAUCCAGAUUCCCAGAAUCCGCAGUCUUUCUUGUGUCUCCAAAAACGGAAAGUGCUGGAAACACUCAGCAGGCCAGCCUCUGUGGAAGGAGAAAGAGUCCCAAAAUAUUUCUCUUUAUUUGUCAAAUUCAAGGUUUAACGCUCGGCAAGUGCAAAGCACCUACUUCAUUCCUCUCCUUGUGGAUGCAAGUUCUGAUAAUAGAUUGCAGACAAAAGGUGAUUUCAAACAAUUUGGCAAUUCUAGUACCGAUCACAAUACACCUCGUCAUUCCAUUUUGCAAAAGCUAUUGAAGUGUAUUUGCAAAUAUCUGAGUGACAGUUCAUGUCUGUGUUCCUGGGGAAAUUCAACAAUGUAUUAAUAUUUUUCAGGAUCUCUUUCUUCUUCUGAGAUAAGGCCUUCCCUGGAAUGUCCAGUUUGCCAAUGGCCUCUUGAGAUGCUAAGUGGAGAAAUGAGAUGCCAAUCUUAGUGGGCAGAUUGAUGUGAUGUGUUCCACACUCUGAUUUUCCUAGCAACUUCCAUUUGUGGUCACACCACAUUAUCCAUGGUCUGUGGGGAUUCUGUUGAGGCAUUUUGCUGUCUUUGGGGAAAGUUAAGGCCUAGAGUUUCCCCAAAGUCUCAGAUCAUCAUAAUUGUAAAAUUUCAGAACAGUUGCAGCAGGCAGGAGACCAUUCAGCCUACUGAAUCCAUGCUGGCUUUAUGUAAGAGGAAUCCAGCCAGCCCUCUCCCCAUAUCUCUGAAAAUUCUUCUUCAGAUACGUCUCCAGUAACCUUUUGAACACUGCAAUUGAAUCUGCCUCAACUACUCCCUCAGGCAGUGUUCUCCAGGCCCCAACCAAUUGUUGGUAAAUAAAGUUUUUCUUCAUGUCAGUUUCGGUUCUUUUAACGUCAUGCUAGCAGCACAGAGGCACAGCUAAUAGAGCCUCGGCCUCACAGCUCCAGUGACCUGGGUUUGGCCCUGACUUUGGGUGCUUCUGUGUGGAGUUUGCUGCUCUCUCGGUUUCCUGUGGGUGCUCUGCUUUCUUCCUAUGUCCCAAAGACAUGUGGGUUGGUUGUGUAAUAGGCAAGAGUAAAUUGUUCAUUGUGUGUGGAUGAGUGGGAGGAUCUAGGGGGAGUUGAUGAAAAUGUGGGAUGAAUAAAAAUGGAGUUAAUGUAAGAUUAGUGCAAAUGGAUGGGUUGAUGGUUGGUGCAGACUUGGUGGGCUGUAAGCCUGUUUCUGUGCUGUAUCUCUAUAUGAUUCUAUGACUUUUAACGUCUCAGGUGAAACCAAGUACACCUUACAAUGGAAUUUCCAUUCAGCUGGUUGCUUAUCUUGGGAUUAUUUGUUAAUUAUUUUUGCUACUAGCACUCAGUAUUUUGACAUGGCAAUGUAUGGGAUCAAUAAAUAAUAGAUAAUACUCAUUCAUACAGUGUAAGCAAACAUCUUAAAUUGUUUGCAUUAGUAGGUGAGAAGGGAAAAGGUUAAACAGAAUAUGAGACUUUGUUGAAUUGCAAAUAGUUUGUGCAUUAAGGACUAGUGACAGAUACCAAUUUGGUAAAUAAACACAUGA